AUGGCCCAAGACGAAGAAAAUUGGGGCUCUUUGCUGCCUGAAGUGACGGCGCGGGGAUAUGUAGAACUCCUACGACAGCACCUGAACAGCUGUCCAGCCCAUGAGCUUCACAAUGAGCUGAUUUCGGAGAUAUUUAAGGAGAUCUUCGACCAAACGUCCAAGGACCUAAGCCUAGAAUUGGCAAAGGUGAUUGUUGAUCGCGUUCGUGUGGUACGCGCCGAUAACCUCUCGUUCCUAAAUUACGAAUACUUGCGGGAAAUUAUGGACAAAGCCGUUGAGGAGGAUAACGUGCCCUUGAUGGAAUACCUUCUUAGCUUGUCUGGAAGGCUUGAAGAUGGCCAAAUGCCGUCCUAUCGCUGGUCUGAUCGGUAUAAUCAAAAAGAUAUCAAGCAGAUUGGACCCAGAAGCGCCAGCAUGAUGCGAGUGCUAGUGGAGAGAGGUUUCGAUAUAAACCAACGACCAAACAGCUUUACCCUUCUACACUUUGCAGUCACUAGUCCCUACGCGGAUGAUGAGACGGUCCAGCUCAUCAAAUAUCUGGCAUUAAACAUGCUCGAUAUCGACCAGUUCGACGAGCAUGGAUACACACCUUUGCACGCGUGGCUUCAAGAGACGCAGGAGGACCGCUGGAGGGGGAAGAAAGAUCUCGUUUGGGAGAUCACCUCCCAUCUACUCGUUAAUAACGCUAGUCUUGCAACCACGGCCAGAGAGGAGAAUGGAGAUACACCCCUCCAUAUGGUGGUGCGAUCCGUCUCCCCCUCACUCGUUAAGCUUUUCCUGGAACGUGGAGCGAAUGAUCGUGCGGAAAACAUGAGUGGCAAAACACCACGUGAUUAUGCCGAACCAUUCCGUGACUCCGCGGACCCAGAUGAAAAAGAGAUAUUCACUCUACUUCACGGGGAAGUUCGUGGUUCUUAA